AUCCGGCAGCAACCAUUUAUUUGAUUGUCAGUAGAGGCAGCAGUGUGGAGAGGAGGAACUGAGCCAGCUGAAAGUCCGUGCUCUACUUUCCGUGUGAGUGUGUGUCGUGUGGUGUCGUGCAGCCCGAGUUAUCGCUGGCCCGCCUCCUCCUUGCUGUCAGGCUGCUGUGUGCUGUGUCCUCCCUGCUCCUCUCGCCAACACUGUAAACACUCCGCAAGCUCUGACCACCUGUCAUCGGCUGGCUGCCGCCUUCAACCCAGAGCGUACACUCAUUUCACGCUGGUUUACACUGUGUACCCUUCAUCUCACACUGCAAGGUAUUCACUUCCAGCUCUGAUAACUUUGAAGAAAGUGUUCACCUCAUAGAUUGUCUCCUUUUCCUCAUUAGCAUAAUGGAUGACAAGGGUGCUACCGAGGCGAUGAUGGAAACAGCUAAUCUCAAGUUCGCGCAGCCUGGUCGUGCCAAGCGAGUCUUAAGAGCGAUCGGGAAGUGGUGUUUACAUAACCUGCUGCUGGUGCUCACAGUGGCCGGGGUGGUGCUGGGAGUGCUGUUCGGGUUCUUGGCGCGGAUGGCGAAGCCGUCGGCCGACACCAUCAUGCUCAUCUCCUUCCCGGGGGACAUCCUCAUGAGAAUGCUCAAACUACUCAUCAUGCCGCUCAUUGUGUCUUCCAUGAUCACAGGUUUGGCAUCUCUGGACGCGAAGUCCAGUGGUCGGAUGGGUCUGCGUGCGAUCAUUUACUACUUCGCGACAACGUUCAUCGCCAUCAUCAUCGGCAUCGUGCUGGUGGUGUCAAUCCACCCGGGCACGUACGCGAAGAAAACCUCCAAGGCGAUGACGGAGGACGACAUGACAGCCACAUCGCUCGACGCCUUCCUCGACCUCAUCCGGAAUAUUUUCCCAGAGAACUUGGUUCAGGCGACGUUCCAGCACCAGCGCACGGUGUACGUGAAGGGUUCGCUGGAGGCCGAGGGCAACGACACGAUGAAUGUCACCGAUCUGCCAUUCAGCCUCAAUGAGACCAUCUCCACCACCACGCAGACCGUGGUCGUCAACACCAUCACCGACAACUCAACCAACACCACCUACGUCAUCCUCAAGGAGACCGAGACCAAGUGGAUCCGAACGCUGCCCUACAACCAUGGCAUCAAUGUGCUCGGCCUGAUCAGUUUCUGCACGGUGUUUGGUAUUCUCAUGAGCAAGAUGGCUGAAAAGGCGAAGCUGAUGGUCGACUUCUUCGCAGUGCUCAACGAGAUCAUCAUGAGGAUCGUCCUGCUCGUCAUGUGGUACUCUCCUAUCGGGAUCCUGUUCCUGAUUGUGGGUAAGAUCCUGUCACUGGACGACCCUGCGAAGGUCGGGGAGCAGCUCGGGAUGUACAUGGUGACCGUUCUCGCCGGGCUCAUCAUCCACGCCGCCAUCGUCCUGCCGCUCAUCUACUUCAUCAUCACACGCAAGAACCCGCUGAAGCUCUUCAUCGGCAUCCUGCAGGCCUGGGUGACCGCGCUCGGAACAUCCUCCAGCUCGGCCACGCUCCCCGUGACGUUUCGCUGUCUGGAGGAGAAUUUGAACAUCGACCGCCGUGUCACGCGCUUCGUCCUGCCCAUUGGCGCCACCAUCAACAUGGACGGCACCGCGCUGUAUGAGGCCGUCGCGCCCAUCUUCAUUGCACAGAUGAACGGCAUGGAGCUCAGCUUCGGCAAAAUCCUCACCAUAAGUUUGACAGCGACCUGUGCUAGUAUAGGGGCUGCUGCUAUCCCGAGUGCCGGCCUCGUGACGAUGAUCAUGGUGCUGACGUCGGUUGGGUUACCCGUGGACGACGUCUCCCUCAUUGUGGCCGUCGACUGGUUCUUGGAUCGUAUCCGUACGUCUGUCAAUGUGCUGGGUGACAGUUUCGGUGCGGGCGUCAUAGCUCACCUGUCCCGCCAUGAACUGGCUGAGGACCAUCAUGCUCCACUGCCCGAGGACAUCGAGAUGAAGGAAAUAGACGAUGCUGAUGGCCGCAGAAACGGAGACACGCCGUUUGAUGAAUAAUUAUAAUAGUUGUUAGAUUAUUAUUAAUUUCAGUUCAUCUAGUUAGAAUUUCAACAUGUUCUACCCUCAGUGGACAUAGGAUUGGAGACGCGUCGUUUGAUGAUCAAUGAGAAAACUUGUCCGAUGAUUAUUAAGGCAGCACACCAUUACUCCACGCAUCCACUUAUGUCGACUAUUUAGGGAUGUGUUCCAGUGAUUGUAAUUGUUAGGAUAAUGGGAGGGGGAAGGGAGACACAGAUUUCAAUCUGGACUGAAACAAGGGGCUUCCAUUAGGCAGCAAGUCCUGCUAACCGUGUCUCCGGAACAUGUAACAGUGGGCGGCAUUGGCUGCCUCAUUCAUUCAUUUAACUUAUUUCCGUAGUUAUAUCCAAUUAUGGUUGAAGCACGCUGUCCUGGGCACACACCUCAGCUAUCUGAGCUGUCUAUCCAGGACAGAGGGUUAGUUGUUAGUGGUUAAUGAGAGUACUGCCUCCAUCAAGCAGAGAGUCAGGCCUAAUAAAGCCAAUAAAUGGCAAUUGUACUGUAGUAAGCAGCUAAAUGAGGCUUAAUGGGUGGUAACUCAAAAUGUUUGGGGUCACUGUAUACUGAUGUUACAAAGUAACUGUAUUUCAUAAAAUAGCAAUGAUGUACAUACAUUGUUCUUUCGAAAAAAAAUUCAAAGAAUUUACUUUGACAUAAAAAACCCACUUUGAAAUGAAUCGGGGAGUUAUUGUUGGUGUGCAUCCUUAAUCUCAGUUCAUCUGGUUGAAAUGAAUCGGGGAGUUAUUGUUGGUGUGCAUCCUUAAUCUCAGUUCAUCUGGUGUUAAUGUUUUAAUCAUCAGUUGAGAAUCAUCAAACUGGCGUCACCUGCAGCCAGAUCAUUGUCAUAGGGCAUCUUAACGUACCAUGUUUUUUCUCUGUUCAAUAGUGCUAAGCAUUCCUAUCAUAUGCUUCGAGAAGACUGUACAUAUUUGUUGUUUAUGGAAGACUUUACCAGAGCUCUGAGGGCAAAUCCAGGGGGCAGUGUUUGCAUACCCCUCUUUUUAUCAGACAAUCCCAAAAUGUAGUGCAUUAACAUUUUGCAUCCCUAUUUUUCCUCAUUCCUAAAUCUGCCCACGGCUUUGUGUAUUACAACAAUAAAGUAGAACCUUUCUGUAGCUCAAAUUUCAAUGGUGUUGUAUUUAAAUUGUUUAAUUUUACAUGAAAUAAUUGUAAUAUGACCAUACAUGUAAUUGUAUUAUUUAAUAUUGAAUGUUUAUACCACAAAAUGCAGAUAUUUUAAAAGUUAAUAUACAUUUUUAUUAUUUUUUUAAUGCUAGAUAUACUCAAUAUUAUACACAAUAGGUUCACAGUUUGUGGAUGUUUUUUGUUAAUACCUCAAUCAAUUUAGAAGAAAUAACAGACAAUGCUAAAAUAUAAAGUUUUAUUAUAUACUGUACUCAAUAUUAUACAUCAUAGGUAAAUGUUUGAGUAUUUCUGUUUCACAGAGCUUUGACCUUCUCUGCUUUUACCCAGUGUUCAGUUUAACAUAACAAAAUACGUUUACACUUCCACUAAGUAGCAUGUAACCAUUUAUUAUCAACUGAAAGCAUUAUUUGUUAGUUAUGCAUCCCAAACCCCCCCCCCCCCCCCCCCCCAACUUCCCAACUUGAAAAUGUUCUCAGACAUGCCAAUAAAUAGUAGACACAACUCUAGAAGCUGCCUUUAUCAAACCAUUUGUUUUAUUUCUAAAUGUUUUACAACAGAAGGCCACUUCGUGCCACAAUUCUAUAUUUUAAAAUAUAUGUCACCCUGUAGACUACCGGGGUAAGUACAUGAUGCAUCGGGUCAUUCCAUUUUUGGUUUGUCAACUUGACGUAACUGUCAUAACAGGCCAUUGAACAUUUAAGUAAAUGACAUGAUGACAUCACAGGGUGAGAGUUGAUCAAUAGAGGUGGUUAGCUGUAUGUUGCUUACAUCAUAAUAAUAAUAUACAUUACAUACAUUUGUCAUAAUAAUAUACAUUACAUACAUUUGUCAUAAUAAUAUACAUUACAUACAUGAGCAUCACUCGACUACAAGCAUACACAUCAUUCAUAUUAUAUUAUGUUCAUAAUGGGUUUUUUUAAAUAUUUUAUUUUAUAAAUUUUAAUUUUUAUUAUUGCUUUAGGUAGCUCACUAAAAUAGUAGUGCAUUGUGCUUGUAAUAUUUGUUAUGAAAACAGUUUUUCCUUGCAGCUAUGUCAUGUUAUUUUGUGUAUCUUCAUUGCUAUCAUGUUUGUUAUCUUCAUCUCCAUCUUUCAUUCAGUGUAAUUUUACAUUUGCUUUGUAUGUAGAUUGGUGGCAGCAGUAGUAUUAAACCAUCUCAACAAACAAACUAGCAUCACUCAAUUUAUACAGGUGGUUCUAAUACAAACUGUCAUAACUCCAUUUAUACAGUGGUUCUAAUACAAACUAGCAUCACUCCAUUUAUACAGCUGGUUCUAAUACAAACUGUCAUACAUCCAUUUAUACAGGUGGUUCUAAUACAAACUAGCAUCACUCCAUUUAUACAGCUGGUUCUAAUACAAACUGUCAUACAUCCAUUUAUACAGCUGGUUCUAAUACAAACUGUCAUACAUCCAUUUAUACAGCUGGUUCUAAUACAAACUGUCAUACAUCCAUUUAUACAGCUGGUUCUAAUACAAACUGUCAUACAUCCAUUUAUACAGCUGAUUCUAAUACAAACUGUCAUAACUCCAUUUAUACAGCUGAUUCUAAUACAAACUGUCAUAACUCCGUGUGUGAAUAAUAGAGCCCAGGUGACUGCUGGGAGCAGCUAAAGCUGUAGUUUGUGCUUCAGUUACUUUGUCAAUUUUAAACCAACUUUGUUUUCACUUUCUGUGAUAAUUAUUAAAUAUUAAUUGUAUGUUUUAAACAAAAUAUUGUAGACUUAUGGCAGUGUUACUUUAUUGACAACUACCUUGUAAAAACUAUAUACAUAAUGGGGUUUUGUUUUGACAUUAAUAACUAUGCUACUAUUAUCUUUUAAAACUCUUUCCCUUCCAGACUUAUUUUGGCUUUUGGUACUGCAUUGUUUUUAGUCCUGGUUGUAAAGAAGUUAGACAAAUCAAGUAAAUAUGAAAUCAUUUUACAUAACAACUGUUUUAAAUGGUGCCUUUUACAACUGCUGCAUUGGUCCAUUGUAAAACAUCCCAGUUGUUCAACAGGUUGUGUUUUACUACUGCUGGUCUUUUGAUUUUUAACACGUGACAAGUUUUUAUGUUUUUACCUUACAUUUGUGUCAAUAUUUUUACUGCUGAUCAAGGGUUUGUUUUCCUUGACUUGUUCUUACUAAUGGUCAUUCAUGUGUGCCAAGCAGCGACAGUUUGUACAAUACACUUUGUAUAAUAGUAAAAUAUUUCACAAACAUUACUGUUACUAUGAAAUACCAAGUUUGUGCAAAAUUAAAGUAUUUCAUAAACACUACAGUGAAAAUGAUGUUACUCUGAAAUGCCAAGUUUGUACAAUAGUAAAAGAUAUUUCACAAAGACUUCAUUGAAAACCAUAUUACUACGAAAUAUCAAGUUUUUUAAAUAUGAACGUUACCAUGUUACUAUGAAAUAUCAAGUUUGUACAAUACAGUUUGUAUAAUAGUAAAAUACUUUACAAUUGCUGCAGUGAAAAUGAUGUUACUAUGAAAUACCAAGUUUGUACAAUAAUAAAGUAUUUCACAAUGACUACAGUUACUAUGAAAUAUCAAGUUUCUAAAAUAUAAAUGUUACAACUUACCAUGUUACUAUGAAAUACCAAGUUUGUACAAUAUAUUAGAAGUAACAAAUGCUGCAAAAAACUUGAUACUUUGAAACAACCAUUUUGUACAAUAGUAUAUUCGAAAUGCAACAGAACAAAAAAUAUACUAUUAAAUACUAUGUUUGUACAAUAGUAAACUAUUGAUGUGCAUUGUUUACUAGCUGUAAAUUUGUUUUUAAAAAUUAUUUGAUGUUGUCUUUAUAUAUACUUAUAUUACAUAUUGUAAGAUUUACAGUAACAUUGUAUUAUAUUUGACCUACAUAUUGUGACAGGCGCACUGUUUUGAUAUUUAAAUUCUAAAGGUGCUCGCCUGGAGAUGAAUUUCACAGAGUUUAUAUUGUCACUGUAAAAGUUAUUUUUCACGUUUUAUAUUCUUAUGAUAAAAAGUAAUUUUUCUUCAUCACAUUAAAUGGUAUUUUUCACAUCAGAUUGGUAUUUUUCACACAUUUUAUAUUCUCACAUAAAGGUAUAUUCACAAAGUUUUAUAUUCUCACAUAAAAAGUAUAUUCACAAAGUUUUAUAUUUUCCUGUAAAAGGUAUUUUCACACAAGGUUUAUAUUCUCACGUCAAAGGUAUUUUCACACUAUUUGUUCUGAUUUUGGUGCUGACCUGGAGCAUAUUUUCCUCAUGUCUUCUUCAUAUUGUCUAUGGUGCUGACUGGAUACGUUUACCAGUGGUAGAUUUCUACCAUUAACGAUGUUCUGUUUGACAUUUUUAAUUGUUAACACUUUUUUACCUAUUUUACUACAGUAUUUUCAUCAUUGUGUACAUUUUAUAACUGAAUGUUGUUGGUUUUUCUCCAUUUAUUAUUUACCUAGCUUGUGGGUCGUAAUGAGUUUCCUCCAUUUGUUAUUUACCUAGCUUGUGGGUCUGAAAUAGUUUCCUCCAUUUGUUAUUUACCUAGCUUGUGGGUCUGAAAUAGUUUCCUCCAUUUGUUAUUUACCUAGCUUGUGGGUCUGAAAUAGUUUUCUCCAUUUGUUAUUUACCUAGCUUGUGGGUCUGAAAUAGUUUCCUCCAUUUGUUAUUUACCUAGCUUGUGGGUCUGAAAUAGUUUCUUUUGUUGGUGUACAUUCCACGAUUUUAAACACCUACCGUUUCUAUGUGUUCUUGCCAUACAAACAAAUAAUUUGAUAAAUUCUCUUAUGGUACCUUGUUUUUUUUAAUAAUGAACAUACACUAAUGCUUUAUAUAUGCACCACGUGAAGUGAUAAUUUGACAGAUAUAUAGAUGGUUCUGCCCCCAUCCGCUGUGUAAUAUCUGAGAAAGAGAGAGAGCAAUUGCUCCUCCUCAACCUCAACCGCUUAAGUUUUAUAAGUGUUAAAAUAUUGUACACCAACUAUACAAAGCGAUCUGAAUUUCAAGAGCUGGUGACAUCUGUAUAACGUCCAUUUCUUGACCUUGUCACAUGCAGCAUUGCAUCAUAUAUUCAGAGAAAGUGUUUCAAGUUUAGCUAGCUUAUAAGUAAUAUCACCAUUUACUGUUUGAACCAUUUCUACAUAUAUCUGUACACAGCCACAUUCCUGAAAUGUGUUAGUUUAAAAUGGAAAAGUCUGGACAAAUUCCUAAAUGCCAUUACAUUCUCCAAAAACUGAAAUUUUAGAAAAGACGUUUUGAUAACUAAAACCUAAAUUAAAGGUUUCUACAUUUGUGUCACAUGUAAACCGUGGAUUUGCUUAAUACAUCUUUUAUUCACCAUCUCAUUCUUUGGCUUGUGUUUUGUGUUCUUUUACUUGCAGUGUGGCUUCAUUUUCCAGACAAAACUUUUUGAAAUAAAUCGUGUAUGUAUA